UCGGGUGACCAUCGGGAGGGUUAAUAAUAGUUUCAUUAUCCAUCCACUCCCUUCACAGGAAAAACGUUCAGAGCUUCAUAGGAAUCAUGGCGGCCCCCCUAAAAUUGCAGCUGAUACACUCAAUUCUCCACAAAUUAUAACACCAAGAUGCCCUUUUUCCCAAUUUGUGAUAAUUUAAGUUAUUAGCUAACCUUAUCAAAAGCAAUCCGUAUGAUCCAUGUCCUCCACUUGAUCUUUAUGAACCCAUAGAACUCUAAAAGAACCAUACAAACGCCAAGAGCUAUGAACUGCUACAAGCGAUCUGAGGGAGCAAAGAGCAAAGAGUACAGGUACAAGUAGAAUUGGUACAUUCACACCAAAGUCAAAAUAGGGCUCGAAGAGACAUUUCCCAUUUGCAAAUCCUGCGAAAAGAAAGUACUUUGUCACCAACAUUCUUUAAGAAAUACCUAUGGGUAGUAUAAACCCUUACCUGUAUUGAUAACUUUAAUUGGGCAUGAGGCUACCAUUGGUUCAAAACCUAUCAACAUUUAUUCCUUGCUGCUGAACACACGACACGACCUCCCCCAAGUACAACCACUCUAUUUCCAAUUGCUCAAAAGUUCUGGUCGAGAGACCACGAAGUAGCAAUUCGCACAAUGUUGCGGAUCCGCAGAUAUCGAGCACUUCUCAUUCUUGCUGUCUUCAUAACAGCAAUUCUGGUUCGAUUUACACAUAUACGGGAUUGGGAGAGUUACACCUUACAACGCCCUGUUGGUAUCCCUGAUUCGAAAUCUACGGCGGACAAAUACACACCAAAUGGAGGACAUCCAAUUGCACCAGAGACUCCAAAGGAACAACCAAAAGAGCCAUUGAAGCCUGCGAAGGAAGAGACUAAAUCCACUACAACCAGCAGUACAUCAACUACCUCGAGCGUUAUUGCGGUUCAAACGGUAGACACAACUGUGCCAAAGUAUGUUCUUCCAAACAGGAAGCCACCGACUAAGGGAGUUUACGAGGACGAGGAAUUUGAAGAUCUUCACCCUGUCGCGCCAGAUGGAAGACAGGAUUUACCUGUUUUUUCAGCAGCCCCUACCACAAUUCAUUGGUCCAAGCAACCAGAACAUUUCCCAGUACCUACGGAAAGUAUAAUUAAACUGCCAACUGGUGUGCCAAUUUCAAUCCCUAAGAUUCAAUAUGUUUUCAAGGACGAGACAACGGACGCGAAAAUAACACGAGAAAAGAGGCAGAAUAAAGUAAAGGAAGAGUUCCUGAAAUCAUGGAACGGAUACAGAAAGUAUGCAUGGGGACAUGACGAACUUUCCCCAGUGUCGACGAAAUUUCGAGAUCCAUUUUGCGGAUGGGCAGCAACCCUGGUGGAUGGUUUGGAUACUUUAUGGAUUAUGGGGUUUUAUGAAGAAUUUGAGGAGGCUGUUAAAGCCGUCGAGAAGAUCGAUUUUACCACCACUCCAAGAAUGGAAAUACCAGUAUUUGAGACCACAAUCAGAUAUCUAGGUGGUCUUUUGGCCGCUUUUGAUGUUAGCGAUGGGAAGUUUCAGGUUCUUUUGGACAAAGCUACUGAAUUGGCAGAGAUUUUGAUGGGCGCUUUUGAUACACCAAACAGGAUGCCGGUCCUUCACUACCAAUGGGAACCAGUUUUUGCAUCUCAACCUCAUCGUGCAAGUUCCACAUCUAAUCUGGCCGAGCUUGGCUCAUUGUCUAUGGAAUUUACUCGUCUUGCACAAUUAACUGGGGAGCAACGUUACUAUGAUGCUGUAGCUCGAGUCACUAAUGCCUUAUCUGAAUGGCAAGAUCGUAACUCAACCAACAUCCCUGGUGUUUUCACGGAAGAUGUCGACGCAUCAGGCUGCAACCGUACAGCCACUCUUAUCAAACAAAACGAGAAGAAAGAAGCUGCUUUAGCAAAGGAGACCGCUCUCAGCGAUCCACAGACAGCAGCACUUUUGGAAGAGGCCCCUGAAGGAUACAAGCCUCCUUCUCCUGAGACGGAGAUAAAGGAGUCUAAAUCCAGUAAAAAGCCUCAUCCCGGAGAUAAAAUUUUGGAAAUGCAAGUUUUACCGGGUGAGCCUGGAAAGGCCCAUAUUAAGGGAUGGGGAGAAGGACAGGCGAAGAAAAGAGAUCUAGGGGAAUCGGCCUCAACCACGGUAUCUUCGACUCCUCCACCAGCAGCAAAUCAUCCUCCAAAUUAUCCUCCAGUAUAUAGAAAUGGUAAUGGUCUUGGCCAUUCGUUCGCACCAGAAUUACCAGAAACGCCAGAAGCUAGAGGAGCGGGUGACUGGGAUUGCGUUGAGCAAGGUCUUGAGGCGUAUAUCCGGGGUGGCAGGCAAAAGUUCUCCAUGGGUGGUGGACAGGACUCCACAUAUGAGUAUUAUCCGAAAGUAUGUAUGAACUUCAUGGACAUCUUUUACAUAGCUAAUAAAUAUACAGCAAUACAUGCUUCUUGGUGGCCUUGAAGAAGUCUAUCGAAAGAUGUACAUGAAGACCAUCCCUGCCAUACGUGAGCAUAUGCUCUUUCGCCCUAUGGUUCCGGGGGGCGAUGACAUUCUUAUUUCCGGAAAGGUCACGAGUAAUGGCGAUAUGGAGGAAAAUUUAUUGAUUCCAGAAGUUACACAUUUAACAUGUUUUAUUGGAGGUAUGGUUGGAAUGAGCGCAAAGAUUUUCGGCAUCGAAGGCGAUCUCGAGAUUGCCAAGAAACUUACCGAUGGUUGCGUUUGGGCUUAUGGCGCAACGCCAUUAGGAAUUAUGCCUGAAGGGUCAGAAGUGAUUGCGUGCGAAAGUGUUGAGCAUUGUUCCUGGAACCAAACUCUUUACUAUGAGCACUUAGAUCCUUCGGCUGCCUACAGAGAUGCCAAUGUUAAGGAAUAUAUUGAGAAUAAGGAGAAGCUUGAUGCCGAAGCGAAAGAAAUGAAUCUGAAUCCCAUGGAUGCGGACCGUGAGCAGAAUGCCUUGGCGAAAGCGAAGGCUGUUGGGGAUCCUCAAGGCCAUACCGGUCAUAGAGAGACUGACUCCUUGAAGAAAGACUCCUUGAAAAGUAAAUCAAAUGACGCAACUGCCUUCAAGCCGAAAGACGAACCUGCAUCACUCACAAAACGUCAAAGUCAUGACGCCGAUACAAUGGAUGGUCCCGAAAAACAAACCAUGUUUGAGCAGAAGUCGGCAAAAACAGAGGCGGAACUGGAAAGUAUGGCUGGAGGACGUCAACUGGAAAAGGGUCAAAGACCACUUGCUGGCGAAUCAUUACCAGAUCCACUACGUCCACUUUCUCACAAGGAAUAUGUCGAAAGUCGCAUUAAGCAAGAAUCACUACCACCUGGAUUUACAAGUAUAGUUACCAGGAAGUACAUUCUUAGGUAAAGUCUCCAACAUCCAUGCUGUUAUAACAAUAAAAUACUAACAUGAGUUGCAGACCGGAAGCCAUUGAAUCUGUCUGGUAUAUGUACCGUAUCACUGGCGACAAAUCCUGGCAAGACAAAGGGUGGAAAAUGUACGAAGCUGUCAUCAAUGCAACUUCCACAGAGUAUGGUAAUUCGGCCAUCUACGAUGUUACUGCCGAGGAAGGGUAUCGAAUAGAUGAGAUGGAAAGUUUCUGGCUGGCGGAAACGCUCAAAUAUUUCUAUCUUCUCUUUUCGACUCCGGAGACUAUCAGUCUGGAUGAUUGGGUUUUGAAUACUGAAGCGCAUCCUUUUAAACGUCCUAGGGCUUAGGGAAGGGAAAGACCAUAGGAUAGAGCAUACUUUUUGGUCAUACGAAAAUGGUUUGGCAUUAAUGGGCAAGGAGUUCAAUGGGUUUAAUCUUGGUUUUUAUGGGUUUCUACCGAGGUAUUGUGAGCACAUGAUGAGAAAUGGUAUGAAAACCAACUUGUAUUUUGUAAGAUGGAAUUGAAACGUAGGAGGUGGAGGAUGUUAGCAUCGCUAUACGUACAAGCAUGGCAGGCAUUGGUAGCGCAUACAUGGAGACUCAUGAAUAUCAUGCAUGGAAGUGUAUUCUAGUCUAAGCGGCGUCCGGAAAUUGUCAUGGUGUGUUUUCCUUUGACAUGGAUGUGGACGUGGAUGGGGGGUCGAAAGGGGUGUGGAAAAAGGGGAGGAAUUGCAUAUCCAUCUUUUAGCUGAGUAGCAAAGAGAGGGAGAGAGAUACAGAGAGAAAAAAUCAAUAUUCUUUAUCCAAAUCGGCAUCACUCGCUAGAUGUGAUGUAGUCUUAUAAAUGAAACAGCAAUUUCGAAGUUUGUGUUUGUGUUUGAUGUCGCUUGUUUUAUCAGUCGGGUCUAUUUAAUAGGGGAUCCUAUUUAUUAAGGAGUUUAU